AUGGCGACGAAUGAACUGAACGGCAACACCGCGACCGGCCUUCGUGUCUUGAUCGUCGGUGCUGGUAUCGGUGGCUUGACUGCAGCAAUUGCCUUGCGCCAGCAGGGACACCGCGUGGAGCUGUUCGAGCGAUCACGAUUUGCCAACGAAAUUGGGGCUGCUAUUCACGUGUCCCCAAACGCCAAUGGAGUAUUGCUGCCCUUAGGGAUUGAUGCGACCAAGUUCGGCGCGGUCGAGACUGAAUUGCUGCGCGAGUAUAGGCCAUCGGGAGAGAUAUUCCAGAUCACUCAAUUUAAGCAACAGGCGGAUAUAUGGAGACACCGCUGGCUGCUUGUUCACCGCGCUCACUUCCACGAAGGACUCAAGACCGCUGCUUUGGCACCGGGCAAGGGGGAGCCAGCGGUGCUACACACUGCCAGCAAGGUAGUUGAUAUCGACUCGCACAAGGCGACUGUGACCCUGGAGAACGGCGAUGUUAUUGAGGGAGAUGUCGUGAUCGGUGCCGACGGGGUGCACUCCCUGGCCCGCACGAAGCUCACCCAAGACAUCAAGCCGGUCAGCUCGGGCAGGAAUGCCUUCCGCUUCCUGAUGACCCGUCAACAGGCUCUCGAUGACCCGGAGACGGCCAGUAUUGCCCAGGACUUCGGUGCCGUUGAUAUGUGGGAUGCGGACGAACGCCGGGUGGUCAUCUAUCCUUGCGCGAACAAUGAGCUGCUCAACUUUGUCUGCGUUCACCCUGAUUCGAUGACCACAAUUGAUGCGAGUGGUGAUUCCUAUAAUCAGCAGAUUGGCAAGGACACCCUCCUCGAUGUCUACAAAGAUUUCAACCCGCAGGUCCGGAAACUGCUGGAGAAGGCCGACCCCCAGACGCUGAAGCUGUGGCCACUCCUCGAUAUGCCUACAUUGCCGACAUGGGUGAAUGACCGUUUGGCGGCCUUGGGCGAUGCUGUGCAUCCUUUCCUGCCAUACCGUGCGUCGGGCGGUGCGAUGGCUAUCGAAGAUGCAGUAUCGUUGUCUGUCAUGUUGCCACGGGGCACCUCGCCUGCGGAGAUCCCCGAGAGACUGAAGAUUUAUGAGAAGGCACGUCAUGAGCGUGCCACUACGAUCCAGGUAAUGACUCGCGAGUCUGCCCAGCUGCUCCCUCCUGACCAGGUCAUGGCUAUGGUCGCGUAUAUAUACGGCCAUGAUGAGUUCGACCAUUCCGCUCAGGUCCUUCGAAAGCACCAGUGGGCCCAAAACCCACACAUGUACUGGCGCCAGCCCAUCGUCUUUGGGCCUAUGCCCGGUCCUCGACAGGACUUUAUGGGUCAUGACCGGGCCUUGAAAUCUCUGGAAUCUACCUUCCAGACCGCAUCAAUCAAGUUCAAAACCAGCCGGACAUUGCUCCAGAACCUUUUUCCAUCGGACCGCUACAGCUUCAUCUCCCCCAGCUCAGUGGCUCGAGCGAGCUUCUCCCAGACUACCUUGAAUGGGAUGGACUGGCUGGGUGGUGGUGGCUACCGCCAUGUGGGACUGUACAUCCACGGUGUGCAGUACAAGAAGGAGAAUGGGGAAGUGAUCAAGGGCACCUAUAUGCCCAUCCUGUUUGAGAGUCUUGCGGACCCGAUUGUCUCCGGCCGCGAGGAGCUCGGCAUGCCGAAGCUUUACUCUGCCGUUGACAUCCACGAGCGCAACAACUCAUAUCGUUACCAGACCAGCUGGCAGGGUGCGGUGUGGGGCCAUUUCGAGUUGGAUGAUCUGGAGGACGCCGAUCCAGCUGCGGAUAAGGGCACUAUCGGUGGGGAAGAUGACGAUGGCAUUCUCGUAUACCGAUACAUUCCCAAGGUUGGCCGGGCCUCCAGGGGUGAACCCGAGGCCGAGUACCCUGUGUUCGUUCCCCAUGCCCAGGAAUCCAAGGUCGUUCCCUCAAAGGUAACACGCGUCCGCCGGACGAAAAUGGCCAAGGUGGAGAUCGCCGCACUUGGUUGGGACGCCUUGCCGACGCUGAACCACGUUGUAUCUCGGCUGAGUGAAAUUCCCAUUGACGAGAUCAUUGAUGCAAAGAUCACCGAAGGGCGCGGGGUGCCAGAUGUGUCCAGUGCUCAACGGAUUGAGUAA